GUGUUACUAGCUGGUUAGUUUUACCUGGUGAGUGUUUGCAGGUAACGAGCGGGUUGAAGGAGUCUUGUUAUCCACCUUUUUAAACCAGGAGUGUGGACGCGUCAUCUUUAAUUUAAAGGACUAUGUUGUCAGCCGCUGUGAGAUCAGCCCGUAUGAAAUACGGGAACGUGUGGAUCCCUUGUCAGGCUGUAAUCCGAGCCAUGUGUUCUUCAGGAGGUCCCACCCCUCCUUACACCACCCUGUCCAUCAGUCGUCCAGCAGACUCCGUCACACACGUAGAACUUAACCGUCCCGACAAGCGCAAUGCUAUGAACAAGGCCUUCUGGAGUGAGAUGGUGGAUUGUUUCAGUGCCAUAGCUGAAGAUCCAAACUGCAGAGUGGUGAUAUUUUCUGGAGCAGGAAAGCUCUUCACAGCUGGUAUUGACUUAAUGGAUAUGGCCAGUAUUCUCCAACCAGAAGGCAACGACACUGCCAGAGAUUCCUGGAACAUCAGAAAAACUGUUGCAAAAUUCCAAGAAACAUUCUCCGUUAUAGAAAAGUGCCCGAAACCUUUGCUGGUUGCCGCCGGAGCCUGUGUUGGAGGGGGUGUCGACCUGAUCACUGCCUGUGAUAUUCGCCUGUGUACCCAGGAUGCCUGGUUCCAGGUUAAGGAAGUAGACAUUGGAAUUGCAGCAGAUGUUGGAACUCUGCAGAGGCUUCCUAAGGUCAUUGGCAGCCGCAGCCUCGUGAACGAGCUCGCUCUGACCGCCAGGAAGAUGUACGCAGAUGAAGCUAAGAGCAGUGGAUUGGUCAGCCGAGUGUUUCCAAUAGAAGCCAUGAUGGGUGGAGUGCUGGAGAUGGCUGCAGAGAUCGCCAGUCGCAGCCCUGUAGCUGUACAGGGCACCAAAAUCAACCUCCUUUACUCCAGAGACCACAGUGUGGAGGAAGGCUUAAACUACAUGGCCACGUGGAACAUGAGCAUGCUGCAGACACACGACGUGAUGAAGUCCGCUCAAGCUGCCAUGGAGAAGAAAAGUCCCAAGACCAUUGUUUUCUCAAAGCUUGACUCUGAGCUCCCUGCACCAAAGAACUUCAAAAUUCCGUUUUCUGUUUUUAAUGCAUCCAAUCAAGUCCUGCUAUUAAAGGUACUUAUUGAAAACUCAUCCAAACUCUUAUCUUUCACUGCGGACAGCGAAACACUGAACGUCAUCACAUGCAGGUUUGAUGCAGAGAUCAGUCUCUACAUCAAACCAAGUUGUUUAUUUUCAACAAUCUCUUCCAAUUCCGCGUGAAAAUCAUUAGAAAUGUUUUAAUCCCAUAAAAACGUGGACUGGUUAGUUCAGAACCUGACA